AUGGCGCCACUCAAUCAAACCAGCACCGUGGAGGCCGUCGUCCCCAAGCCAGGCCCAGCCCAAUGCAUGAUCAGCGACGCUCCUGGGUUGAAAUCAGGCCCCCCGCAGGGCCCGAUCAACUAUCCGCCUUGCGAGUACUACGACGAGGAGCUCUCCGAGAUCUACGCAAAGUUUGAGAUUUGCUUUACGUCGCGUACGCGCCGCAUUCCGUACAAGCCCACGAAGCCCGACUUCUACGAGCGAACGGGACGGAACGAAGUCGAUAUCUAUGGGUACGAGUUCAAGGACCCCGGUGACGACCAAGUGAAGCUCAUCAUAUGGGACUACACCAAUGGGCUUGUUCGCACGACGGGCAUUUUCAAGUGCCACAAGUCCUGGGGCAAGACUCUUCCGGCGAGAGUGCUCAACAAGAACCGUGGCCUCAGAGAUGUUUCCCACAAGCUCACGGGUGGAGUGAUUGAGUCCCAAGGAUACUACAUGUCAUUUGAAUGCGCCAAAGCCAUAGCCAAAAAGUUCUGCUGGCAUGUGCGAUACGCUCUAACACCGAUUUUCGGCCACAAUUUCCCCGGGGAAUGUCUGCCGCCGGAUCAUCCCGGAUAUGGUUCAUGGGAGAUUGACCAGCAUAUCAUUCGCGAGGCCGCGGAGGAAGCAAGGGCGUACCGCCGCGCCGCACUUGCCCACGCCCGGCCUUAUCCCAGUCCCAGCCCGCAUGACGAUGACAAUAAUGAUAUAAGUUCGAAUGGGUACCCCUCAUCGAGCGAUGAUGACAAUCGCCCGCCGUCUACUGCCAGCAAUGGCUGGACACCAGUCAAUACCCCGCGAAUGCAGUUGACUCCUCCGCCCUCCCCACCAACCCAGAAUCAAUCAUCUCCUCAAAGCUCGCAGGGUGAGAGGGAGACCGGCGGCUGGAAUCUCGUCCAUACGGCCCUAGCAGGGUCGUUGUCCUACACCUCUGGUGCCAUGGACGAAGACUCCGAUGGCACCGAGGAGGAAUCGACCGACGGGACCAGUGACGACGAGCGCGUCACGUGGCCACCCAUACAUCAAUACACGAACCGAGACUUUGUGGCUGCGCAAACCAUGCUGGAAAUAAGAAACGGAGGCCCAAUCGACGAGAACUAUCCCAUGGUCUGUCCAGAUUGCCACGCAGUGAUCUAUAUCCCGGACCUCAGGCCCGCCAUCGCCUAUUCAUAUGGCUGGCACGGGGGCCACUGAGCUGGCCAGUCUGCCUUGAUGAUCCUCUGUUCCUGGUUUGCUUGCACGUUUCCUUUAAUCUGAUUGCAUGUAGGGCGUUGGGUUUGGACGGUUCAUCAGAAUGGCGUCGUACUGUUUUUUUCCUUGCUUCUUUGCUCUUGAUGCUUUGCUCUCAUUGCUUCUUCAUGUCUCUUUCUCCAGAUUGGCCCUUUUUUUUUUUCUUUUCGUU